CUCUUCUUGCUCCUCCUUUGAAGCCAACCCAAAGCAGACUCUCUCUCUCUCUCUCUCUCUCUCAUGGGAAGAGUCGCUUCCGCUCUGCUGCUGCUCCGGUACCUGCAGCCACGCGCCUCCGUGUGAGUCCUCUUCCAACCCCGUCUGACCGCCCGCCCGAUCCAUCCAUCCAUCCAUCCAUCCAUGGUGAUGGCCAGCGCCGGCGUCAACAACAUGCCCUCCCACCAGAUGGGGGAGGGGCACAUCGACUCCGAGGAAUGCCGCCUGCGCAGGCGCAGCCGCCUCAACGCCCACCACGCCUCCUCCGCCCCGGCCCCCGGCCCCGCCGAGGAAGGGGAAGUAGUGCAGUCCCCGCCGCCCUCCUCCGACUCCUCCUCCGAGUCCGCGCCGUCCUCGCAGAGCGCUGCCGAGGAGGGCUCUGACGCGGUUGUCGCGGCGGCGCCCCAGCAGCUGCCCUCCUCCAAGGAGAAGGAGAAGAGAUGGCCCGUGUCGUUCGGGUCGGUGGCGCUGGCGGGGCGGCUGCGGGAGAUGGAGGACACGGUGUCGCUGCACCCUAGCUUCUGCGCCUGGGCCGACGGCUCGCCCAUGCACCUCUUCGCCGUCUUCGACGGCCACGGCGGCCCCCACGCCGCGGCGCUGUGCAGGGAGCAGAUGCACGUCAUCCUCGCGGAGGAGAUGGCCGGCGCCGCGGCAGCCUUCAACAACCGGCAGCAGUCGGAGGAGCAACCGGCGGAGGCGUCGGCGUCGUCGGAGCAAGUGGCGUGGCGUGGCGCUCUAUCCAGGAGCUUCGCCCGGGCGGACGCGCUGGCGGUGUCGGCGUGCGCGUGCGGGCGCGGGAGCACUGCGAGUGUGCCCAAGUCGUGCUCCUGCCUGCUGUCGUCGGCGCAGAAAGGCGCCAUCGUGGGGUCGACGGCCGUGGUGGCGCUGCUGGUCCGCGACCGCCUCAUCGUGGCCAACUGCGGCGACUCCCGCGCCGUGCUCUCACGAGGUGGCGUCGCCGUGCCGCUCUCCCAGGACCACAAGCCGGACCGGCCGGACGAGAUGGCGCGGAUCAAGGCGGCCGGCGGCAAGGUUAUGUACAUGAACGGGGCGCGCGUCCGCGGCAUCCUCGCCAUGUCCCGAGCGCUAGGGCACAGGCUCCUGAAGCCAGAAGUGAUAUGCGAGCCAGAGAUCAGCAUAACCGAAAGGUGCGAGGACGACGACUGCCUAAUCCUCGCCAGCGACGGGUUGUGGGACGUGAUCUCCAACAAGGUGGCCUGCGACGUGGCACGACAAUGCCUGGAAGAUGGGAGCCCGACCAGAGCUCCUGCUGCAGCAGGGAGCAGCGAAGCCACUCCCAGCAGCAGCGGCAGCGCACCGGCAGUUUCCCAGGAGGAAGAGCCCCGGUGCUUCCGCGCAGCGGCCCUCCUCGCGAGGCUGGCCCUCGGGAGGGAGAGCUCCGAUAACAUUAGCGUGGUGGUGGUUGAUCUGAAGGCGAGGGGUUAGCUAGCCUAGCUAGGCAGAUGAGAUCACCAUAUUCAUAGUAUCUCCUUCAUUUGCAACUUAGACCGACUUGGUAGCUAGGACCUAGCUCUCUGCAAUCAAUGCAUUCCUGGCAAAUUAAGCAGCAAAAGCUCGAUCUGAGGUUUUCUUUGUUCUUUGGGUUUUUUCUUUUCUUUUUUGGGGCUAGUUUUUGGGUGGUCGGUCGGUCGGUUUUAUUCGGCCAAAAAGAGUCUUUUCUUCUUCUUCUUCUUCUUGGUAAUUUGGAAUGGAUGGAUGAGAUGAAAAAGGGACACAGAUAGACAGAUGGAAAGAUGUAUAAAUGGAUGAUUGCAAGCAAAUGUACGUACAAAAUAUUUUGCAGAGUCA